GCCUCAGUAUCCUGCGGCUCACGUUGCUCAGGGGUCACGCAGUUUGCAGCAGACCACCCUGCUUCGCAAACUCACGCAAGCUGCUGCGGACCACGGCGAUAACACUGUUGAUUUUGACGCUGUGGGAUCAGCCGCGACAAUUUUAACCCUCAUUUAAGCCGCUGCAGCCAAUGGAUCCGGGGGGCGGUUAGGGCUCGCUAGGGGAGUUGUCUGCUUACAAGUAAGCCGAUUGGGCCGCCUUAAAAAGGGCACACCUCCGCCUUCUGCCGCCGUACAGAAAUAGAAAGGUCUGGCAGGAAGAGCAGCUCUAGUAAGGGGGACAAAUUAAGACGAUUUGCUCGGAGUGAGAGCCGGUUUCAUUAGCCGUAGUAACUGUUUACCUUCUCCAGCCGGGCUGACCACCGAGCCGGGGGGUAAAUCUGCUGUUUCAUUCAGAUCCAAACACAAUUAUUUUCUAUAAUUCAUUCUGAAUUGCAGCUUAAAUCCACUUGAAGGCUUCCAACUUGUUGAUUUUCUAAAGGAAUGGCCCUAGACUUCGCCGCUGGAUGUGUGGGAGGUGCUGCUGGUGUUUUGGUCGGCCAUCCAUUUGAUACUGUAAAGGUGGGUGUUUCCUAAUACUUUCCUUUGAUUUUCUUUCACUCUUGUUAGGCAAUAAACAUAAUUUACAUUUUUUAAAUAACAGAACAUAAACAUUUUCGACAUAAGGAUGAAAUUUGUAAUCAUUUUUUCCAUGUAUGUUUUAUUUUUAGAGCAUAUUUCACUAAAUUGGGGCCAGAAAAUCCUCUGACGGGACAAUACUUCCUAAUCCAACCCAGUUAUUCAUUUUCUUAAACUACAAAAUCCUAAAAAAAUUAUAUUUCCGGUGUGUUUACCUCAGAGAAUGUGUGUGAAUAUUAGCAGCAUUUUGCAUGAAUCCAGUAACUCAUAGGAUAUGUUCACACUGCAGCCUGAAGUGACCCAAAUCUGAUUUUAUUUAAUUUUUUUUGUCAUUUAUUUUUCCAAAUUUGACUUUUUGUAUUUAAAUAAAUGACAAGUAUACAGAAGAUUUACAUAGGAAUUUUCCUGAGGGCCUUUUCAUUAGUAGACUGUUAUUGUUUUAACCAAUUGUUCCAUAUCUUAAAUAAAAUGAGGAAAAUGUGGCGCUUUAUUGGUAAAUUUACAUUUAUAAAUGUAAAAUUUAGCAAAACAAAUUAGCAAGUUCAUUAUAAAAAAAACCCAUUUAGGAUCCUUUCUGGAGAAUUUAGAAAAACAGAAUAAAACAUUUCCCUAACUUAAGUAAAAACACGUCAAAAUAUGGUUAUUAAUAAAUCUCCUUCCAAAGGUUGGUGCCAAAAGAUGCGUCACAGUAUCUUUAAAUUUGACCGCAGGGUAAAUUUUAUAAAGAAUUUAAAUGACAAUUCCUUCACAUUGUUUACAAUGAAAGAUUUAUGGGGGAUCAUCCAGCCAGUUCUCCAGUUGAUAUCCGUCCAAAUAUGAGACUUGAAUGGAACUGCGUAAGACCUGAAAUGUCCCGCAUGCGCAGUAGAGGGCGCCACGGCGCAGUAACGACCCACGUAGCGAGCAUGCGCAGUGCUGAAAAGAAGUGUUUGCGGAAGUAAACAUGGAUGCUAAUAAUUUACGAUUUUAAAGUUGUUGUCCGACCGGAGUCAUCAUAUUAACAACUCAAUCCUCAUUACUGUCCGCCAUAGUUGUUGUUUUUUCUUUGUUCGCGCGCAUCAGGACGCAGAAUAGUGACGUUCGUCGAGAAUCAAUGACGUUCCGGUCGGAUGAAUGCGACCCGAUCAGAUACGUAACGGAUUUGGAGCCACAUAUCCAAUCAAAAAAAAAAAAAAUCCAGUUUGUAUUGUUCAGACCGUCAUAAAAAAAUCGGAUUCUGGUCACUUCCGGCUGCAGCGUGAACGUAGCCGUCAUAAAAUAAAUAUUUCCGUGCUGGAACAGCGUCCUCUGCUGGCAUGGCGAGGAAGCUUCUUCACAUGAAGGCGAAUGUUAGCGUUGCAGCUUGUUGUAGAGGCUGAAUGGAUGUUGGUUGUAGUUCUUUUUACACCUUGCUGUUUGAUGUCAUUUCUCCCUGAGCCGGUGUCUGCUUGGGGCUCGGGGCGGCUGUCUUUAACAGCUACAGUGUCACUGUGUUGUAGAUGAGAGAGAGAAAUAAACAACCUCUCCACGGAAAUGUGACCUAGUGCGGCUUCAGGUUCAAAAUGUGGACAAACCUCUUUACCGCGGCACAUUUCACUGCUUUCAGUCGAUCGUGCGCCAAGAAUCGAUGCUCGGUCUGUAUAAAGGCAUCGGUUCUCCAAUGAUGGGGCUGACGUUCAUCAACGCCAUCGUCUUCGGCGUCCAAGGCAACGCCAUGCGGAAGCUCGGCCGCGACACGCCCCUCCACCAGUUCCUGGCGGGCGCCGCCGCCGGAGCCAUCCAGUGCGUCAUCUGCUGCCCGAUGGAGCUGGCGAAGACGCGCAUGCAGAUGCAGGGAACCGGUGAGAAGAAGUCCAAGAAGAAGAUGUACAAGAACUCCCUGGACUGCCUGGUGAGAAUCUACAGGAAGGAAGGGUUCCGGGGUAUCAACCGCGGCAUGGUGACCACGCUGCUGCGCGAGACGCCUGGCUUCGGCGUGUACUUCCUGGCGUACGACGUGCUGACGCGUUCGCUGGGCUGCGAGCCGGAGGACCCGUACAUGAUCCCGAAGCUGCUGUUCGCCGGCGGGAUGUCGGGCAUCGCCUCCUGGCUCUCCACAUACCCGGUGGACGUCAUCAAGUCGCGGCUGCAGGCCGACGGCGUCGGCGGCGUCAACAAGUACGGCAGCAUCGCGGACUGCGUCAGGCAGAGCUUACAGAAGGAGGGGUACAGGGUGUUCACGCGCGGCCUCACGUCCACGCUGCUGCGCGCGUUCCCGGUCAACGCCACCACCUUCGCCACUGUGACUCUGUUUUUAAUGUACAUGCGACGGGAGGAGGAAUGCAGCAUGCAGAACACUGAGCCGCCCGCCGUGCAGCUGCAGCCGCAGCCGACCAGCAUGUAAGGCGCAGGUUAGCUGAUGCGCACCUCUCCAUCCGUCUGUGGUAUUUAAAAACUUUUUUUUUUAACUAAAAGCUGAAUUUGUGUGUAUAUAUGGCUUCUUUUCUCACCCAUGCUUUUGUACAAUAGUUAUAUUAGGAACAGUAUCGUAAGGGUGCACCGAUUGCAGUUUUCAGGCCGAUUACAGAUCUUUAAAUAAGAAACAUACAUUGGUUCUGCAGUCAUGUUAACGGUUAGCAUUACUUUCUGCUAAUUUCAUGUGUUUAGCUAUUUGGAGUUAGUUUCUGUCAGUGCUCUGUAUCUUUUAAAAAAAAGCCGAUUCUGAUAUUGGACGAUACUGUUUGUUUUUUUUUGUUUUUUGUUUUGUUUGAAAUGUUGGUAAAUGUAUCAGUUUGUAACAGUGAGGUGACUAAUGUUAACUGCAACCGUGCAGUUGAAAUAAGAUCGGCUUUACAUGCAAGUAUCGGCCGAUCACCCAAAAUAAAUCGGUGCACCCCUACUGUAUCGUUACUGUAAUUGUUACAAACAAGUUUAAAAACUAUAAUGCUGUUUAGUAAGGAUGCAUCAAUAUGAAAAUAUGAGCCAAUAACCAUAUUUGAUGUUAAUAUUUACAGAUAUUAUCUAUAUUUUCCACUUUUGCAACACAUUUGGGGUGAAAAAUGAAUAUAUAUUGUUCAUAUCUGACAAAUAUUGUCCGAUACCGAUGUUAGUUCCUAUACUUAUCGUGCAUCCCGACUAUCUAGGUCAGAUAGUGACUGCAUGCGUGUAAAUCGGUGCAGUUAUUCUGGUCAUUUUUUAUGAUAUUAACUUAUCAAAGCUAUCAUGAUUAUCUGGCAUCUUGCAAUAACGGAGAAUAGUUUACAAAAACGUUCCCAAAGUAUUUUUAACAGGUCGGCUGGCUUUGUGUGACUUUAACCUCCUUGUAGUGUUGCAUAAAUACAUUUUUGGAUAUUUUCUGAUAAAAUCAAACGUAAGUUUGCGUUUUAAAGAAGCACCUUAUAUAACCACAUGAAUGGUUGAAGCUAAGGCGAAAUGUUUAUUUUGUUUUUUUUGCAGUAACUACUAAAAACACUGAAUGCUGUGUUGAGUAGGGUUGGAAGAAAUAAACUGUUAGCAGAAGUCACUUUGUCCACAAGGGGGCAGCAGCAGACCAGCUACGUUCACCUAUUUGCAUCAAUAGCUGCUCUUUUUAUAUAACUGCAUAUUUUACUGAAUAGCAUGGAUUAAACUGGAUGAAUGUUGAGACUUAAGAGCUUAAAUGUGGGUUAAAUUUCCCAAUAAUCAUGCAGAAACGAGUAAUACCCCUGUAUGUAGAUGGUGCGUGUUGUGUUGGACAUGAUGUACAUUAAUGUGAAAGUGCUGCUGAUUGUUGUUGAGGCUUUAGAAUGACUUGUAAAUCUGUUUUGUAAUUUUUUUUUGCCUUUUUUUCUAAGUUGGAAGGACUGCUUUAGCUGUCGAAUGCUGCUUUGUAUCCUGUGCUUGACUCUGUACGAUACUUUGCACCAAAGUAGCCAUUCAAAUGUAGAUCUUAAAAAAAAAACAUAAUAAAGAUUUGUUUUCUAA